UUACAAGUCCUUCUUGGUCCUGAAGCGGACUUCUUUCCACUGUCGUUGCUGAUCUUGAGUUCAGAACCGGCGCCAGGCAUGGGGCUGGAGGACGAGCGGAAGAUGCUGACCGGCUCCGGGGAUCCUAAGGAGGAUCCCCUGACAACAGUGAGAGAGCAAUGUGAGCAGCUGGAGAAAUGUGUAAAGGCUCGGGAGCGGCUGGAGCUCUGUGAUGCCCGAGUAUCCUCUCGGUCGCACACAGAGGAGGAUUGCACAGAGGAGCUAUUUGACUUCUUGCAUGCAAGGGACCACUGCGUGUCCCACAGACUCUUCAAUGGCUUGAAAUAAGUGUGCAGACUUGUUGACCUCCACCUUCAUCAUCUGGGCAUCAGAUAUUAUUUUCUUAAGGUUUUAAACAUGCCAUCUGUUUCUAAUUUGUGUACGUUUGUGUUAACCUCAUGGAUUUUGGCAUGGGCAAGUAACGUCUAUCAUUAGUACUAAUUCCAUCUUAAUAAAAUUCAGUGAUAUACGGA